AAUUCAGAAAAUUCCAUAAAAAGAAAGACGAAAGCGAAUAAUUAAGAAUAUUUAAUACCUUUCUUAAAGACAAGGUCCCAAGACCCAAUCAAAAUCCAGCUCUAUAUUCAUCAAUAUACUAACUACAUUCACACCAUCUUCAACCUCUCCUUCUCUCUCAAAUGGAGUUUUUUCAAAAGGCCAAAGCUGUUCGUUUAAAGAGCCACCACGACAAAUACCUAAUCGCCGACGAAGACGAAGAAUCCGUCGCUCAAGAACGUAACGGCUCAGCAGGCGCAGCCAAAUGGACCGUCGAGCUAGUCCCUGGCUCCACCAAUCUCAUCCGUCUCAAAAGCGCUUACGGCAAAUACUUGACGGCGUCAAACAAACCGUUUCUCCUCGGAGCCACCGGAAGAAAAGUCCUACAGUCUAACCCGAGUCGUCUCGACUCGUCUCUCGCUUGGGAACCCAUCAGAGACGCAGCUUUAGUCAAGCUCAAGACUCGUUACGGUCACUACCUCCGCGGUAACGGCGGUUUGCCACCGUGGAGAAACUCCGUCACUCACGAUAUUCCUCAUAGAUCCGCGACUCAAGAUUGGAUUCUCUGGCACGUCGACGUCGUCGAGAUUCUCACCGAUCAACAACACCACCAGCAACAACAACAACAACAACCUCCGUCUCCGCUUCACCAUUCCGAUUCACUCGAUUUCGAACCUGGAUCUCCUUCUUGCAGAUCUAACCGAUUCUUCAGACAAGAAUCAACGGAUUCAGUGGCGGUUGGAUCGCCGCCGAAAUCGGAAGGGAGAGUGAUAUACUACCACAUGGCGGACGAUGACGGCGAGGUUGAGGAUGAUUCCGUUGAGGUAAACUCGUUUACUUUCAAAGGCAAUGGCGUUGAAGAGUUGACUAAGAGAUUGAAAGAAGAGAGCAAUGUAGAAGACGUUAUCGUUUGUACUCGUAGUCCUUUGAACGGGAAGCUUUUCCCGUUGCGUCUUCAGCUUCCGCCGAACAAUGCCGACAUGACCGUCGUCUUAGUCCCGACCUCAUCGAAAAUAGCAGAAGAGUUCAUCAAGUGAGAGAUGUAUAUGUUUGAAGGCUAUGGCUGCAAAUGAUUUGUUGUUAGCUCAGCUAUAAGAAACUGAUUGUUUUAGAGAUGCUGCUUGAUUGCCAAACUUAUGAAAAAUACUCUC